AAAUUUUCAAAAAAUAUUUUAAAAAAUUUCAAAACUAUUCAAUAAAAUUUUCAAAAAUAUUUAAAAAAAUAAUUCAAAAAUAUUCAAAAAAAUUAAAAAAAGAAAUUACAAAAAUAUUCCAAAAAAUUUUCAAAAAUGCUCUUCAUGUGAUCCAACGACACAUUUUAACGCAACCAAAUUUCCGCUACGCAGCUCUUUCCAACACUAAACGGCAUUAGAUUCGUACCGAUUUCGUCAUGGCAUUGUCCAAACGACCGCUCACCAAGGAGACCGCUUUGGCUGAAAACAAUAAUAACAACAACAACAAUAAAACCGAAGAACACGAAACGGCGGUGAAGCGUAAAAAGCGCGCCAGCCGUGACGAUGAAACGGCCAAUAACAAUAAUAACAACAACAAAAGCGAUGACAAAUUGUCAACGCUGCCACAGAAGAAGCGCGCUGUUAGCAGCAGCACCAACAGCAACAACAUGAAUAAAACAAACACAACGCCGCACGACAUUGCCAUGCUGCAAAACUCAGUGCAUAACAGCAACAGCAAUAUCACAAGCACCACUUUGCAUUCACCAGACAGAACACCAGCAGCGGUGGUCAGUACAAGCACACCGACAAAAACGACCGCCGACGAUCAGGACGACGAGACGCUCAUACGUGAGACACAAGCGGCACUGAAAAGCCUCUCGGGCAGUUGGCCACCGGAGGCGCGCAACAAUCUGUACCGUCUGCAGGAUCAGGACGAGAAUCCGCCACCUUUUCAGAAUCUCUUCGAAGAGAAACAAAAGUAUGGCACACAAACGCUACCAACCGACAAAGAAACUUAUUUUCAAACUGAUCUCUUACGUUUCCACAGACAAAAGGAAAACGAUCAGGCGCGUAUCAAUUCCCAGCACUCCGAACAUACAACGUUGGACGAGCGUAAACGUACCACGGCCUUCUCGCAAGCGUCCGCCUUUAAGCCGCCACACGAUAUCAAACGCAACGGUCUCAUACCCUAUCCGCCGGGCGCAACAGCUAUGACAUCGGUGGCGCCCCCACUACCACCACCGCCACAUUACCCCAUCUACACCAACAUGAAUGACUCUUCGGCUGCAUACCUGAGCUAUCAGCCCCACGCGCUGGCCGACUCCAACACAAUGUCCAUGCUGCCGCCCGCGCGUCCUACGCCGACAACGCCCGGCCACGCCAAUGGUUUCGAUAUCGCCUCGCAAAUCGGCGCCACCGAUAGUAAAAUCACCGAGCUCAAGCCCGCGCUGGCAGGCGGUGUGCAGUUGCAUAAGCAUAACGAAGCGCUUGGCACGCCGGGUGUAGUGGGCGCCGCCUCAGCUGGUGGUCCAGCAACGGCGGCCGAUACUAAGCACUACACCAUACUGCAACCGGCCGGUGUGGGCAGUCGUGCGGCAUCGGUGAUGCAGGAUAUAGCACGCGAGGGCGUGGUAACGGCGGUCACAGCUGUGGGCAGCAACAAUAGUAACGGUGGUGUUGGCGCGACGGUUAGCGUACCACAACCGACCUACUCGCCGGGCAGCAUCAAUCGUGGCGAUGGCACCAAGUGCCCCACGCCAAGCUGUAACGGCCAAGGACAUAUCACGGGGCUUUACUCACACCAUCGCAGCUUAUCUGGUUGUCCAAAACGUGAUAAAGUCACCUCGGAAUCUGUGGUAGACACGUUAAAGUCCGAGCCGAAGGAGUUGCCUCAUUUGGAAAAGUUAAAAAUCGCCUCGAAUCAAUACUUGAACAACAACAACAUCAGCUGCAUUAAUAACAAUAGUGGGCACGUCACGACCGGCAGCAACAACAAUAGUAAUACUUCCGCCAGCCACAACACACUCAGCCACAGCUCGAGCUCGACGACGAACUCAAGUGCGGCGAGCAACGCAAUGCCAAUUAUCAAAUCGGAAUUCAGUCCGGUCGCCAGCGUCAAGUCCGAAUACAACAAAAGUCCCAUGCAUCCAUAUAUGAACAAUGCGGACAGCACCGGCGGUGGUCCAACAGACCGUUCGGCUAACGGUAAUGCGCCCAAUACCGGCGCUGUGUCCACAACGAACUCAGAUAAUUUGCACGCGCCACACUUGAGUGGUGUCCGAAGUGCGACCGGAACACUUCAAGCAUCCGGCUACGUGAGCAUGCAGCAGCAGCAACAGCAUCAACAACAACAGCCACCCCAACAGCAGCCACCAACGCAUACAAUGGCCGACCCACAUCAGCAGCAACAUCAACAACAGGCGCAACAACAAAGUCCACAUAAUCCACAUCAACAACAACAACAGCACACAAUGCAUCAACAACGCGGUCCAUUCAUCGAAGACUCAUCAUCGCUAAUGAUGUCCGCUGGCAAUGGUGCUUCCGUGAACGGUGCCGAUGCCUAUCGCACCGAUGGUCAUCAUGACGACGCACAACAUCAACAACAUCACUACGAGCAUAUGCGCUAUGCGCAGCACAUGGGGAAUGGUGUUGCUGGUGGUGGUGCCGGCGUUGGUGAUGGCAGUCUAGGUGGUGGCAAACCACCCACCUCUGCUUAUGGACAGGAAAUGCUCACUGCCAAUGGUGCACCCACCAAUGCGAUGUCGCCCAAUGCACGCGCCUACGAUGCCAACCCACCCACAUCGCUCUCAUCGGCCGCCGCUGCAGCAGCCUAUGCUGAUGCCACGGGCGUAUCCAGUGUAGCCGGUAUGCCGACAGCCUUCGAACGCUACGAUCCCAUUUGCAAUGGUCAGCGUCAGGGACCACCCUCGAAUAUGUAUCAUUAUCUGCCACAGUCCGCAGACGACUUGCAAGUGCAGCAGCAGAAAUACUUGCAAGAACAACAAAUGUUAAUGGCCAAAGCGGAACACGAUGAACUCGCCAAUGGUGGUCCAAUAUAUCCACGCCCCAUGUAUCACUAUGAUCCGAGUAUGGGUCCAUUGCCGCCAGGCUUUUCCGCCAUUAAUUUGUCGGUAAAGAUGGCAGCGGCGCAAGCAGCAGCUGCCGCCGCCGCUUACCAAAAUCAACAGCAGCAGCAGCAGCAACAACAACAGCAACCGAAGCAAAGCGGUUCACCGUCACCACCUGGUGCUCCGGUCGUAGAUUUGUCAGCCUCCGCCUCGGUGACUUCGUCCAGUCCGCACGGUUUCAACUCGCCAGCAUCACACAACCAGUACAGUCAGCGUAUGGGCGCGGGCAGUCCACAGCCUGGUGCGAGCCCCAACAUCGCCAGUCCGCAAGUGCCAAGUCCUCAGGGACAAACGUUGGAUCUGAGCGUCACACGCCUGCCACACAGUAUUAUCACGAGUCCACAGUACGGUACACAUCCCGACGGUCUGGUCGUCGGACAUCCACAAGGCUUUGGACCAGGUGUACCACCAACCGGCGCUAACGGUGCGCCACGUUCACCACAAAUGGAGCCGGUCGAUUUCAGCGGACCACCAAGACCACUCGGUUUCGGGCUGGUCGGACACAUAGGCGGACCGCGUCCAUAUAGUCGUGAAUCGACACCGGACAGCGGCGGUUCGCACUACAUCGACAGCUAUCGUGAUCCAAGUGGCUACUCCCCUCAUCCCGGCUAUGGCAUGGUCGUACAAUCUGAUUAUCCCCCAGCCGGCUAUCAUGGCUACGGUCCAGCCGCAUAUCAAUGCAGCAAUCCUUAUGCGACUGCUGUCGGUCCCGGCGGAUAUCCGACACCCGUAUCGGGCGGCUACUCACCCAGUCCAGCGUCGUGUUACUCCAUGCCGCCGCCACAACAUAUACCGCAACACGACAAGACAAAGGAUAGGUUAGUCGAAUGUUUGACGGGCUGUACGCGCAGCGAUCGCAAUCAUCUGCAGCCACACUCGCAAGAACUGAAAUGUCCCACGCCCGGCUGUGAUGGUUCGGGUCAUGUCACCGGCAAUUAUUCAUCGCAUCGCAGUUUAUCGGGUUGUCCGCGCGCCAAUAAACCGAAGAGUAAGCCACGCGACGGACAGGACUCAGAGCCGCUGAGAUGUCCCAUACCCGGCUGUGACGGCUCUGGCCAUUCCACUGGCAAAUUCUUAUCGCACAGAAGCGCCUCCGGCUGUCCCAUCGCGAAUCGCAAUAAAAUGCGCGUACUCGAGGCCGGCGGCACCGUAGAACAGCAUAAAGCCGCCGUCGCUGCGGCGACUGCGAUGAAGUUUGACGGUGCGUAUGCUCAACAUUUUGGUUGCGGCAGCGCUGCCAGUCAAGGCAUGAAGAAACCAAAAUUCGACGAUGUUACAAUGGUCUACCCCAAGGGCUAUACAGGCAUCGACAUGAUGAUGGGCGGUGUCGGUUCCGCUGUCUCCUCGUCCGCUUCCGUUUCAAGUAAUCUCAGCAAUAGUAGCAGCAACAACAACGCCUCGGUGGUGAGCUCAACCGCUGCGCUGGGCAAUGUCUCGUCGUCGGUGACCGGCACAGCUACCCUGCCCGACAGUUUGCAAGGCAACAAUACCGCCAACAACAACCACAGUAACGGCAAUAAUGCAACAAAUAACGCGAAUAACAACAAUAACAAUAACGUGCCCUCAACAAAUGGCGGCGGUGGCGGCAAUGGCAGCGGCGUGGGUGAGGACUUGAACACGCUCGAAGCAGAGAUCUCGGAAUUGCAACGGGAAAAUGCGCGCGUCGAAUCGCAAAUGAUGCGCCUCAAGUCCGACAUAAAUGCCAUGGAAUCACAGUUGCACACCAGCGAUAGGGAGGCUUCUCCGCUGAGUACUCAUCAACAGCGUAAUCUCGCUGCGGUGACUAUCAAUGCUGGAGGAGCAACAGCUCUUGGGAGCGUCUCCUCCAGCGCCUCAAUCGCGUCCCCGCUCAGCAAUCACAACGGCAGCGGCAACAGCGCCAACGGCAACGGUAACAUCAACCUCGGCGGCAGUGGUGGAACCGGAGGCAACAACAACGCCCUCGCCAGCACAAACAUCUCACACUCCCUCGCCAGCAGUCACGCCGGCACCAUAGGCAGUCACAGCCAUAGUCACAGCGGCAGCUAUUUAACACCACCGCCAAGCGUCAGCAUCAGCACCACCACCUCCUCCACCGCGUCCAGCGGCGGUCCACCCACAUCCAGUUCCUAUUACGAGAGUUUACGAAACAACGUUAUCACAUUACUUGAACACGUACGACUACCACCACCCGGCGGCAGCAAUGGCGGCACAAGCAUGAGCACGAGUCCACUAGGCGGUGGUGGUGGCGGCGGCAAUAAUGUGAGCAGCACCAGCAUAGGCGGUCAUCCAAGUGAUGGUCUAGGCAAUAGUUUGUCCUCAAAUUUGGCGGGACUACCCGCCACCGCCGAGGUGUUGAGUAAUCAGCAGUUGACCAGCGCUUACGGUGUGCCACAUCCAUCACAUCCCACACUCAUACCACCAAGUCCAUUACCCACGGCCUCCAUUGCGCCCACAAAUGUGGUUAGCGGUGCUGUGUCCAUGUAUGCAGCGCCACCGCACCAUUUAGGCGGCACUCAUCCGGGUAUGUUAGGACCACCACCGCCGCCACCUCCGCCACCACAUGGCGCCUCAAUGCCGCCACAUCAUCCGUACACCGUGCAUCAUCCGGCUGGUUAUGCGCAUCAUGAACCCUUCGACUCAUACAUAUCAAAGCUACAGUCACUCUGUGUGCCACCCGAUGUCUAUGCACUACCAGAUGAUGCCAGUCGUGCGGUGUACGAUACAGUUAAGCCGAGUUUGCAUCAAGACUACACGCUAAUGCCGACGCCGAUUUAAGCGUGGAUGAGAAGAGGGUUGAUGUGGGAACGCGACUAUUGGGUUUAAUUAGCUGAAACUGGAACGUCCUUCCACGAUAGUUUCUACGAAGGUUCGAAUACCGCAUAGAAUACCAGAAAGCUCUGAAAGCAAGAAGAAUAAGAAGAGAUGGAGCGGUGAGUUAAAUUAAAAUUUUUUGAAUUAAGCAAUGUGGAGGAUCGGUAUAACCCUUUAAAUAUGUACAGUAGAGAUAGAUUUGGGAUGGGUGGUAUGAUAUCAAAGAUCUCACUAGUAGACGCCGAAUUAUCCAUAAUAAUUAAAUACUUACAGUCCCGCCAAGAGGACAUUAGGAAUAUCCGUUGAUUUAGCUCUAUUUCAUGACUUUUUAAGCAAUAGACUGAGCGUUUUUUUCCUAACAUGUGGUCAUAUAUGUGGAUAUAACAAACAAGAAGGUAUUGGAACAAGAAUAUUUUUACAAAUCCUGCGUAAGAAGCUUUCUAUCUUAUUAUUAGGCACAAAAACGUUUGAAAAUUGAACACUUUCCUCUGUUAAAAGCUUUAGGGGUAUUAUUACAGCUUCAAAGCCUCAGAGAUGAAAGCUACAUAAGCGACAACAUCAGUGAAAGCUUGUAUUAUGAUAUUAGUUCGUUUCUUUUGAAGAAUGAAAUGUGGAGCUUUCACUGUUACGCAUAAAAACAACAUUUGACCACUGCCUCAGUAUAAAAAGCUUUAGGGGUAUUGUUAUAGCUUAUACAGAUAGCUUCAUAGAUGAAAGUUCCAUGAGUGAAAUGAUCGGUGAAAGCUUGUAUUAUGAUAUUAGUUCUUUUUAAGAAUCAAAUUUUUUGCCUAACAUGUGGAGCUUUCACUGUUAUGCAUAAAAACGUUUCAAAAAUGACAUGGACCAGGUGAUAUAAAAAGCUUUCAUGGUCAUUGUUAUAGUUUCAUAGACCUCCAUAGAGAAAGUCUGUUUAUAUUUCAUGUCUUUUUAAAUUGAAGUCCUUUGCCUUACAUGUUGAGCUUUCAUUUUUAUUAUUAUACAUAAAAACCUUUCUAAAGCGGUCACUGGCCUUAAUCUAAAAAUUUUGAGAAUUUUAGAAAGUUUUGCUAUAACGUUACAAGUGAAAGCUUCAUUGAAAGCUCACAUAAUGUUGCAAGAAAAAGCUUCGUUGAAGCUCCCAUAGUGUUACAAAUGAAAGCUUUGUUGAAGCUCCCAUAAUGUUACGGGUGAAAGUUCGUCAGCCGUAAAAGCAAAUAACGAUGAAAGCUCAUUGGGGAAAAGGUGAAAAAGUAAAGAAUACUUCUGCAUGAUUUUUGGGAUUAUUGAUUACGAAAAAUUACUGAACUUUUUCCAAUAUUUUGUCAACAUACUUAUGUACAUAGCAUAACUUAGGAGAAUAAAAAGCGAAAUAAAAUAUUGAAAAAUAGCAUCAUAAUUAUUAUAGCGAAAAGACAGGUAUCAAGCAUUAGCCUUACAAAAUCUAUAAUAUUUAAAAAAUUUGUAUAAUAAUUAGUAAGUACUAAAAAAAUCAGAAAAUAUGUAUUUGUAACUGUAUAUGGGUAUAGAUGUGCAUUUGUAAUUAUGUAGAUAAAAAGCGAUAACUUUCGAUUAUGUAAUAUUGGAAUAUUUUUUUCGGAUCUUCAGUGUGAAGAUUGGAGUAUGUGUUCGGAUACUAAAUACUAGUCAGAAAAUUAACUAGAUAUAAUAAGCUCUAGCUAUAAUAAUCGAUGUGUGGGUACUAAUUAUAUAUAUUGUUGUUGUUUUAUAUGUUGUUUUAUACAGUUACAACAACAAUAAAUAAUUAUACCAAAACAAAUAUUGAUAAACUGACGCUAUAGAAAAAGGUAUACGAACAUAUGGGUCUUUUCGAAAGCUUGGUGCUGACUUGGCGGUGAAAGAAAGUCUUAGAAAGCUGAUAAAGAUGCUACUUCCGCCAGUUAGCUUCUAACUCUGAAAGCAUGUUAAGGUUUUCGAGGAAGAGUUGUAGCAAAAUUAAAAGGAGAAGUAAAGCUGAUGCUAAAAUUGUAUAUAAAAAUGUGUGUAUGUGUUUGAGAAGACCAACUUUGACGCUGAGAUCCUUCAGCGCGCUAAGAAUUAUAGUUUCAAACAGUAACUGUAUGUAUGUAUAUGUAAAUUAUUUAGAAAUAUUGAAUUUAUAAUAGAUGUGCAGUUCCGCAAUACAGCGAAGUAUUAGAGAAACCACACUCAUUCGCUAUGUCUAAGUAUAUAUCGUCACCUAAAAUGUAAAAUUACGUAACUUCACUUUUCAUAAGUUGAUAGACGAAGGAAAAGCGAUAUACUAGAAACCACUCAUAUUAAAAAUAAUAAAGGUUUUGGUUAUAAAAUGGUUAUAUAUUAGUUAAAUAUUAGCUAUAUAUUAGUUACAUAUUGGUUAUAUAUUGGUUAUCACAACGUUUUUUUACAUUUUAAGUGUCGAUAUAUACAUAUGUAUAUAAAAACCAGAUUGUAUAUAUGUACAGCAAAAACUUAUACAUGAUGUUUGCAAAUGUAAAAUUCAUUUUCUAAGCACCAUUAAGGGUAUUCACGCAUAUACAUAGCGAUUUUAUAAGAAAUUUUACUUAAAGAUAUUUGUUUGUUUUCUGUUAAUAUUAAAAAAGGUGUAAGUAUAAAUGUGAGGUUUUGAAAUUUGUAAUAAAAAUUUGUUUUUGUAAGUUGUUUUCCAACACAUUUUUGUUGUAGCUAAUUAAAGAAUAAAAUAAUAAAAAAAAAUUAAACUAAAAAUAUUAUAAAAAAUUAUUACAUAACGUAGUUUGAAUAGUGUAAUAUGUGAAAGUAUGAAUCAAAAUUUAUAUUUAAUGCAAAUAGACUAUUUCAAUAAGUUGUCAAGCAAGUAAAAGUAAAAAUUUAAUGAAAAAGUAUGUUAAUGGCGAAUAUAAACUUAGGCUGUAAAUACAAAAAUAAUAAAAACCAAAAAAAUAUAAAAAAAAAUAAUAGUAAUUUAUAUAAUAGCAUUAAAAAUGUAUUUCUUUGUAUCAAAAAUAUAAAAGCUGUUCUUAUGUGUAUUAAAUAAAAAUUAGUUUUCUAUAUAGCAAAUAGCAACAAUGCAGAUAUCAACUAAAGUGCAAUAAAAACAUUAGCUUUAAGUGUAAAAUAGCUGAACUCAAAAAUGCAGAAAAAAUAUUUAAGAAGAACACAGCACAAGAAGAAGAAAGGCAAAUACUUGAAAAAGCGAUAAAAAAUAAAAAAAAUACUAAUAAAAAAUAUAUGUAUGUAUGUAUGUACAUAUGUAAAAAAAUAAUUUUAAAAAAAUUUAAGAAAAAUAAAUAUAUUUAAAAAUAAAAAAUAUAUAUAAAAAAUUAAGCUUAGAAGAAACUAAAAAAUUUAUCAGUGUCUAAAUAAGGCACUUUUCAAUAGAAACUGCAUAAAACGCAAAAACAAAAAUAAAUACAUAUGCAUACAUUAAAAAAUUAAUUAAAAUUAAAAAAAAAAAUAUUAUAAAAAAAUAAUAUAAAAAAAUUAAAUUAAUUAAAAAUAAAAAAAUAUAUACCUAUAUAAAUAAAUGUAAACAUCAAAACAUAAAAAAAUGCUCAGAAAUAAAAUAAUUUGACUAAAAUGAAAUUAAAUAAAACAAAAUAGUGUAUUGCUCAGCAAAUUAUUAGCAUUAAAGAAAAACGAAAAUGAAAGCAAGCAAUUACGCUGAACUUUUUAAUAAAAAUAUAUUUAAGACACAUUAAAAACAAAAUCUGAAAGUAAAAUAGCACAAAAGCUCCGAUUUCGCAUACUGUAUGUAACACACAUCAUAACGGUAACUCUAGUAUUAUUAGCCGUAAGCAAAUGUAGAUGAAACUCAAAAAAUAAAACAAAAACACAAAAAUAUUUAAACCUUACUUACCGAUACUACUGGGAUAAGCCAAAGCGUAAUAAAAAAAGAUUGUAUUGAUAAAUGAUAAUUAAAUGUUAAAACCUAAUUUAGAGAUUAAAUAAAUUGCAACAAAAAUAAUUCAAA